AUGUCUACCGGCUGGCUAUAUCUGAAGCCUCCGCUUGGUGAUAAGAAACAAGGUUCUGAGGAUUCUUCUAAGGCGAACACCGACCAACAAAACAGCAACAGCUCGCAAUCCCCAUCAGGCGGAAGAGGCAAUGACUUCAACACCGUUGGGAAUAAUAUUACGGGGAUAAAAUCGGAGAGAGUAGGAACCUUUGAGUUUGGCAACACCCACAUCUAUAAAGGCCAAGGGAAAGAGAAACCAGUCGACUCCGGUGGAGAAACCGACUCGGCCUCCGGUACUGAUGAUGACUCACUGAGAUCUGUAGCUAGCUAG